CGUCACGUGACCACUGCUGUCAGACGCCGCAAAAAUGGUGAUCUUCAGUGUGUAUGUAGUCAACAAGGCUGGAGGUUUAAUUUAUCAAUAUGACAACUAUGUGCCAAGAGCGGAGGCCGAAAAGACGUUUAGUUACCCUUUAGAUUUGGUGCUUAAGCAUCACGACGAGAAAGUGGUCGUGUCGUUUGGGCAAAGGGACGGAAUCAAAGUGGGCCAUGCAGUGCUCUCCAUUAAUGGGAUUGAUGUGAUGGGAAAGAGUACAGCAGAUGGGAAGGACAUUCUGGAAUACUUAAAAGAUCCGUCCAACUAUCCGGUGUCAAUUCGAUUCGGAAGGGCUCGACUCAGCUCCAAUGAGAAACUUAUGCUGGCCUCUAUGUUCCAUUCGUUGUUUGCUAUCGGAUCACAGCUGUCUCCAGAAGUUGGAAGUUCAGGGAUUGAGAUGCUGGAAACGGACGUGUUCAAACUCCAUUGUUUCCAGACUCUUACAGGAAUAAAAUUCAUAGUGCUGGCGGACCCGCGACAAGCCGGCAUUGAUGCUCUUUUGAGAAAAAUAUAUGAGAUUUAUGCAGACUUUGCACUAAAGAAUCCAUUCUACUCACUGGAAAUGCCUAUCAGGUGUGAACUAUUUGAUCAGAACUUAAAAGGUGCACUGGAGGUUGCAGAGAAGGCUGGUAACUUUGGAGCUGGAUCAUGAAGCAGAAAAUAAUCAAACAUUAGUUUUUUGUUGGUUUAUAAAUUGUGGUUGUUUGAUGUGUCCAAUUAAGGAUACAAUGACUACACUGUACAUACAUUUUUUGGGUAAAUUUUUAUUAAACUCAAUAUUUCAACUGUUA